AUGCCACAGUAUCGAAGACAAGGGUAUGGACGAAUUCUCAUCGAAUUCAGUUACCUUCUAUCUAGAAUCGAAAGACAACCGGGAACCCCGGAAACACCCCUUUCCGGCUUGGGAAAAAUGACGUACGAUGCAUAUUGGAAAGGUGUUAUUCUAGAAUAUUUAGAUAAACACAGAGGCAUUGAAAACAUAUGCAUCAAUGAUGUUAGCAGUGAAACUGGUUUAAUGAGACAAGAUAUUAUAGACACGUUCAAAUCUCUACACAUGGUUGCGGAAAUCUUUAAAGAAAUGACCAUAUGCAUAGACUGGAAUGUUGUAGAUUCCCACAUAAAGAAGAAAAUUGAAUUAAAACAAAUUCAUAUCGACCCAGAUCGAUUGAGGUGGACACCGUCAAAUUUACCGGAUGGCCAAGAUAACCAACAUCUUGAAGAAUCGGUUUUCAUCAAGUGCAUUCCAGGUGGCUAA